AUGGACGGUAUCAUGGGCAAGGGUCUGGCCUGGUUUGGUUUGUCUCCCCUUGCAUACGCUGCCAGGGCUGGAGUUUUCAGCUGCUACCAAUACUUUGGCGUCAACGACUUCGAGUCCAGCACGGUACUAGCAGUCCGGCUCUGGCCGAAGGCUAUGCAACUGGAAUCCUAUCCAUCCGGGUGGAGCUCAUCGGGAAGACGUCAAGAAGAAGGCAGCAUGAACCCGCAAAAAAUAUGGGCAACAGUCCGUAAAACGACCGUUUCUGAUACCGUAGCAUCGCAGCAUCGCAGCAGCAGCAUCCAAUCUCUGCCUUCACAUGCCCGAGACACUCUACUGCAGCCUGACAGCAGCGGCCAACAGGCUGGAACGGGUGACGCCACCACACUUGACGUUGCAUGA